AUGGAGAAGAGCCCCCUUCUCCGGCCAUCCUCCUUCAUGGUAGGAGUAGUAGAUUACCGCGGUCAACCCAUCUCCCGAUCAUCUUCUGGUGGCUGGACCUCAGCCUUCUUUAUCAUAGGGUUUGAAAUCGCUGAGGGAAUGGCGUAUUACGGCAUCUCGUUCAACCUCGUAACGUACCUCACCGGCCCCCUCAACUUCUCCACGGCUGCCGCCGCCGCCUCUGUUAAUAACUGGUCCGGCGUCUCCAUGCUUCUUCCCUUCCUUGGCGCUUUUGUUGCCGAUUCGUUCCUCGGCCGCUACCGCACCAUCGUCCUCGCUUCUCUUCUCUACGUCCUGGGUCUAGGGUUUCUCACUCUCAAUGCCGUGCUUUCAAUCCCCUGCUCAGGGGACCAAAACCUUACCUUGAAUUCCACUUCCUGUUCUCCAGCAGUUCUCCAAGUUGUUUUGUUCUUCUUAUCCCUCUAUCUCGUAGCCAUUGGCGGAGGAGGCCACAAGCCUUGCCUUCAGGCGUUUGGCGCCGACCAAUUCGACGUGAGUGAUAACCAAGAGCGCAUUGCGAGAAGUUCAUUCUUCAAUUGGUUGUGCUUUGGGAUAAAUGGUGGCAUGAUUGCCUCCUUCAUUGCAUUGAGCUACGUCCAGGACAACAUUGGCUGGAGCUUUGGAUUCGGAAUCCCUUGUGCUGUUAUGGGCGCUGCUCUUCUAGUUUUCUUGUUGGGAAGCAGGACUUAUCGCUGCUAUCCCUUAGAGGAUACGAGCCCAUUUAUUAGGAUUGGUAAAGGGCUUGCUGAUAUGUUCAUGAGCAGGCAAUCCUCUGCUGAUCGUUCGGCAUCUGAAGUAGAAGCCAACGACCAAGAACAGCACUCUGGCUGUCAAUCUGAUCAAGACACAAAUUUUCUUAAUGCUUUGCUUGUUCAUAGUGUUAAUUUGCUUUGUGAUGAACGGAUUGAAGAAGCUAAGCGGAUGCUUCGAUUGUUUCCCAUAUGGGCAACCUGUUUAGCAUAUGCCAUAACCUUCUCUCAGAAUUCGACCUUUUUCAACAAGCAAGGUGGCACAAUGGACAGGCGUAUCGGACAGAGCUUCCAAAUUCCAUCGGCCACUCUACAAAGCAUUAUAAGCAUCGUCAUUGUCACCUUCAUUCCUGUCUAUGACCGUGUGCUUGUUCCCAUAGCCAGAAAUAUUUCUGGGCUUUCCUCUGGCAUCACACAGCUUAAAAGAAUUGGCAUUGGAUUGUUUGUUUCGGUGAUUAUGAUGGUCGUCGCAGCUCUGGUGGAGAAGAAGAGAAUUGAAACUGCAAGAAAACAUGGCUUGAUCGAUCAGCCGAAUGCAACAGUGCCAAUGAGCGUAUUGUGGCUGCUUCCUCAGUACAUUCUAUUUGGCAUCAUGGGUGCGUUUGGAAUGGUUGGCAUGCAGGAGUUUUUCUAUGAUCAGGUUCCUGAUGCAUUGAGGAGUCUAGGUCUUGCUUUCUAUCUCAGUAUAUUGGGCACAGGAAACUUCAUUAGUGGUUUGCUUGUCUCAGUGAUUGAUGAAAUCACUAAAAGAGAAGGGGAGAGCUGGUUCUCAGACAAUUUGAAUCAAGCUCAUCUUGAUUAUUUCUACUGGCUCCUUGCAGGACUUGGUGCUAUUGCGCUGGUCCUUUUUGUCUGCUUCGCUCAAUCCUACGCAUACAAGAGCGAAUACCGCAGUGUGUAAUAUGCUAAAGCAAACCGAAUUUUAUUACGUAAAAUAUGCUUUGUUAUUGUCUUCAGUUCUGUUGAAGAUAAGCUCAGGCAGCUUGUGUAGUUUGCUUGGCUAGCCUUAUUGUUUUCUGAAUGCUUUGAUUCUUCCUACGCUACUCAAUGCUUUCAUUCAUGAAUAGAUUUGAAUUUCCUUUA